AUGGAUCGUAACCCGGCGGUGACGCGCCAAACAGCCAAUAUGCGGUGGGUCUUGAAACACACCUUCAAAAAGAAUGAUUUCCGUCCACUUCAACGGGAAGUGAUUUCAUCCGUUAUUGAAGGACAUGAUGUUUUUCUCCAAGCAUGCACUUCGUUCGGAAAAAGCUUGUGUUACCAGCUGCCCGCGGUACUCAAAGAUUGGGGCUUGACUGUCGUCGUCUGUCCACUUCUCUCAUUGAUGACUGACCAAGUAAAUACAUUAAAAGCUCUUGGUGUAGCAGUCGCUACGAUCAACUCCAAUACUACCCAUGACGAGAGACAGCGCGUUUUCGAGGACAUGCUUUGUGGCCACCCGAGCACACGCCUGCUUUAUGUCACGCCGGAGUUGUGCCAAACGGACAACUUCCGCCGGCGCCUGCUCAUUGUUCACAAGCAAGGUCAGCUCAUCCGCAUUGCCAUUGACGAGGCACACUGCAUAAGCGAAUGGGGUCAUGACUUCCGGCCAGCUUACAAAGAGCUGGGCUGGUUCAGGAGGAAUCUUGUCAGUCCGACGGUUCCAAUCACUGCUUUGACGGCGACUGCGACCCCCCGAGUUCGCUCAGACAUGAUCAACAUCUUGGGGCUGGAUCUUGAGAAUCUGCGCCUGUUCAACACUCCAUCCGAUCGUCCAAAUAUUCACUACGAGGUACGAUAUCUCGCAGAUUUCGCUGGCGACAACGACAGUGCAGAAGACAGCCAACUACAAAACCUGCUCAGAUGGCUUAAGGGCAUCCAAACCCGACGAGAGGCCCGACUUGGCAGCAGAGUGACACUGCUCCCUCCAAUGUCAGGAAUCGUCUAUGUAGGGACCCGGGCUAUGGCUGAGCAUCUUGCCAGCCGGCUAUCCUCGGACGAAAUGGUCACGGCAGUGGCAUACCACGCCGGCGUGGAAGCCACCAAGCGUGCGCACAUCCAAUCAACAUGGAAGUCAUCGCGGCCGUUCCAGCCAGCUGGUGGGGAAAAGACACCCGUUUUCUCCAUUAUUGUGGCAACCAAUGCCUUCGGGAUGGGAAUUGAUAACCCCGACGUUCGCUUUGUCGUGCAUUGGACGCCACCGCGAAGUUUCGAAAGCUUUGUUCAAGAGUCCGGGCGUGCAGGUCGAGACGGCCGCGCCGCUGCCUCACUUGUCUACUACGGGAUUCAAGAGAGGAACUUCAUAGAGACCAUGAUCUACCGGGAUACAGAGUCUCACCGUGCGAAUGGCCCCGAAAAUCGAGAGGCCAAGCUUGAAAGCUUCGGCAAGGUCAUUCGAUACUGUGAGAGUAUCAGGAGGUGUAGACAUGAACUGAUCAAAGAGUUCUUUGGUGAUUUCGAGCUGGAAGAAAUGGGGUCACAACUGCCGGCCAGGGAGGGCGUAUCUGUUACGAGCUCAUCCCCUUGCGACUUUGCCUGCGACUUUUGCAAAGAGGGUCGUGCCGGGUUGGCAAAGCGCCGGGAGAAAAUGGCAUCUGAGACUCAGAUGGCUCUCCUAUACGCGGAUUUCGAUUGA